GGACAAUUACACACAGGACAAUUUCACACUGGACAAUUACACACUGGACAAUUUCAUCAUAAUGUGACAAUUGCUCUGCUUAAAUUCCAAGGCAUUAUUUAAAACUUUAAAAAAAAUAUAGAUAUAAAGUUUUCUUUGAAGGUUACAAGCUCUCAAAGUGGAUUGGAACUGUCAUUUUUGUCAAUUUUCUUAAGGAAUUACAGACUUCAUUUUUAUGAAAAUGUUCACUGUUAAAAAGGGUUUUGUUGUCUCAGCAGCUGUGGUGCUGUUACUUUUGAUGAAUUUAUCUUUGUUUCCUGAAUGGUACACAUCAAGUUUAUCUACAUUUGAUGAAAGUUUUAAACCAUUUCGUGAAUACAUUGACAAAGAUCAUGAUGCAGUAUUCACAGCUAGACAAAAAUAUCUGAAAGAGGUGUGUAUAAAACAAGGUCAAACACCACCAAAUUCUCUUGUGGACAGCUCAUUCCCGGGAAGCACUCUAGUUGAAACCAAACACCGAAUUCUUUACUGUCCAAUUCAAAAAGUCGGAUCAUCUUUCUGGAAAAAGACUCUUGCAACUAUAGGCAGCCAAGGAAAGUUUACUUCCCGAUUUAAAACAGGAGGAAAAAGUGACAUUUCCCCAGUGCUUCUUUAUCAAGAUUUUCAGAGGGAACUUAAAAAUAACUGGUAUCCUAGAGACUUGUUUAUGAAAAAUGCAGUGUCCCUGCUUGUUGUAAGAGACCCGUACACUAAACUUUUCUCAGCUUAUGUCGACAAACUUUAUCACCCGAAUUAUCUAUUUUGGAAGACUAUGGGACAGCCUAUUGAGAGAAUGGUUUAUCAUGAUGAAAUGCCAUGCGGGGAUCACGUGUCUUUUUCCGACUUCAUAAAAUAUAUCAUUAAUGAAACACACAAAGGGACCACUCUUGACCCCCAUUUUACUCCGAUACAGAAACAUUGCUAUCCAUGUAAAGCCAAGUACGACUAUAUCAUGAAAUUUGAAAAUUUCAAAGAAGAAUAUCAUUAUAUAAUCAAUAAAUGGAAUGCUAGAUUCAACCUCAACAUUUCAGCUUUAGAACUUGAGAGUUCAUCAGCCAUAUAUAUUGCUUCAAAACACAUAAACAUCAGUUUCACAACAAUGAAACAAUUUGCUUCGAAAUGUAAUAUUUCUCCAUAUAACUUUUUAGCACGCACUUGGAGAUUCUUACAAAUAACUGGAGUUUUGCCGAAACAAAUUGAAUUACCAUUUCCAAAUGAUGAAAAUAUCUCCUCAAUUACAAAGGUACAGUUUUUAGAUGCAGUAAAAGUUGUGUUAGCCAGUGAUAUUGACUGGUCAGGAGUGAAACAACAAAGGCAUGAGGCCCUGGUGCAAGCUUAUAAAAGCAUAGAAUCCACUGAUCUGCAAAAACUUAGAGAGAUUUUGAAACCAGAUUGUCAAUAUUUCAACUAUGAGGAAAAUCCAGAAUACCUGACUGAGAAUAUUACUACAACUUUGAACUAUUUUGAUGGAAUUAAAAAUUUCUUUGGGUAAAUAUAGAUGUUAACAUUUUCAAAAAUAAAUGAUUUCACCAGAAAACUGUGUCUUUGGUUUUU